UCCAGUGGUUUAAAUAUGGAAAUAAAUUUGUCAGAUUAAAUAGAAUACAUUUAUUAAAAUAAAAAAAUGAACAGGAAAGUUAAUAAUAGAGUGUACGCAGGGACCUCAGAAGAAAAUUGCUUACCAACAUAUCUAGCAGAACCAAUCAUCGAGGGUCUGUCCCGGAAGGCGUUCCAUCAAGUCAUUGGAAACAAUUCAGAUCAUACCAUUCAGGAUAAUAAAAAUAAGUAUGACAAAGAACCCAGGAACUAUUUUUGGAUAGCCGUGAGCGACUAUCAGUUGGACAGGACUUACAUUGUCUACCGUUUCUUUCACGAUAUCGGUGGCUUUGUUGCCAAAAACUUGACAAAAACUAAUCGCAUGUACCUGAAGUACUUCAGUAUGGAGGAUUCCCAAAUCGCGCUUAGCUACGAUGGCCAAAAAAUUGGAUAUGGCGGUGAUAUUCGCGUCAAAGUCAGGGCUGAGAGUCCCGUUACAGAAAAUGCCGUCACUGGAUUUCUGGAACAGUGCUCAGACGGUAAUGGCAAUCCCACUGACUAUGAAACCACAGAGACGGCCAUCUUCUAUGUCGAGGAUGAUAAGGACGAGGAGCAUAUUUGUGAACAAAUAAAGACGGGAAAUAAUGAUGAAAAUGAGUCUAAGGGCAAAAACAAAAAUGUCAGCUUAUCCCAAUGGUUUAAAGAAAAACAAGAGAGAAUUCGCACUGUUCACAAAUGCAUUUCUGGGAUGGACCGCGAACUCGGACUCUGGGAGCCAAUUUAG